GCUACAACCUGGACCGUCCUGAGCCAUCCUGAUUUAUUUACAUGGCUCUCAUGCUAGUCCUUGUUUGAAGACCGUCGCAUCUUGCCGCCAAGAUGCUUCUCUCACUCUUUCUUCUCGUGUUUUCUACGCCCUUGUUGGCCUCUGCUUCCACUCACCACCACGAUCAUUCCAAACACUCCCACCUCCACGGUUCUCACAAACGGAGCGACCAUGGCUCCCUUGAAGAAGCGCGAGAGCUACUGGCCCGAGGCCAAGCUGCCAUGGCCCGCGCAAACCAUGCCAUUGUCUCUAACCCCCGGCCUAACCGCCUCGAGGUGCUGAACUCUACUGAGCUGUCCAGGGCUCGGAAGCCGCCGCCGCUGCUUGAUUACAGUAGCAACGCUACGGCCUCUUCGCUAAAAUUCAGACGUGGUGAUGGCGCCAGCGGCAACGGGACUGAGGAAGACAUGCGCUACACAGUGCCAGACGAGCUCAUCGAGGCCGCCCGCCUUCUCUCCGAGAACUGGAGCCCGUUCGACGAGGACAUGGGUUAUGACGCUGCUGCCGCCGUUGUCGAUCUUCAGACCAGGUUCAAAAUCAAGGUCAACGACACCAACAUGAUGCCUCCUAUGCUCCAGUACGGCUCGGGUCUCAUGGCCCCCGUCGAAGAGCCGCCCUCGGCCUUCCGCUAUUCCGACAACUCAUCUGACCUCGUAGAGCCUACGCACAAGGACCAGAGCGGUCAAGGCCCGCAGAAGAGAGCUGCAAGUGACUGGUGGAUGUCGUCCAUGGACCAGAGAGGGUUCAGCCCCUUUGCGCCCUCCGGCUACGAAGUCUGGAGAAACGUCAAGGACUUUGGCGCCAAGGGUGAUGGCAAAGCCGACGACACUGAUGCCAUUAACAAAGCCAUCUCGAGCGGUGGACGAUGUGGCGGUGGCACUUGUACAGGCAGCACCAUCUACCCAGCAACAGUGUACUUCCCCCCAGGAACGUACAAAGUCAGCUCGUCCAUUAUCCAGUACUAUAACACGGAAAUCAUCGGCAACCCCCUUGACCUUCCUACGAUUAUCGCGGCUCCAAGUUUCGUCGGCCUGGGUGUCAUCAGUUCCAACGUAUACACGGGUGAAACCUCGCAAUGGUAUCUCAACCAAAACAACUUCCUCCGCAGCGUCCGCAACAUGAUUGUCGAUAUUCGUCCAACUCCUGCGGCAGCUCAGGUUUGUGGCAUUCAUUGGCAGGUCGCUCAAGGAACGUCUCUCGAAAACGUCCACUUUUACAUGGUCAAGCCCAAGGACGACCCUUCCACUACUCAGCAGGGAAUCUACAUGGAGAAUGGCAGCGGCGGUUUCCUGUCCGACUUGUAUUUUGUCGGCGGUAAAUUUGGCGCAUACAUGGGUAACCAACAGUUCACGGCCAGCGGUCUCUUUUUCCAAGACGCCCAGACGGCCAUCCAGAUCCACUGGGACUGGGGAUGGACCAUGCAGGACAUUGUCGUGGACAAUUGUGACGUCGGCUUCACCAUUGUCGGCGGCGCUGGCGGUCCCAUGAGCACCGGCCAGGGCAUCGGCUCGCUCCUCUUGACGGAUCUGCGCAUGCACUAUGUCAAGCUGGCCAUCUCGACGUCCGUGAUGUCGGACAACUCGACGGCUCUCCUGCUGAGCAACUCCGGCUUCUACAACGUCGACACCAUCGUGAAGGAUACGACCCAGAACAAGGUGUUGAUCGCUGGCGGUACCGGAACAAAGGACGUUGCCUCCUGGGGCUUCGGCAGAGUCACCUACGCCGACGGCACGACAAAGUUCCUCAACGGCGCAGCGCUCGACGCACCAGUUCGGGACUCUUCCCUCGUCACCGGAGGCCGCAAGCAGUUCUUCACGAGACGCCGUCCCAAGUAUGAUGAUCUUGGGCGCAGUGAGAUCAUAGAUGCCAAGGCCAAAGGAGCUCGUGGUGACGGCAAGACUGACGACACGGCCGUCCUCAACUACAUCUUUUCCGCCGCCGCCAACAUGUCGGCCGUCGUCUACCUGCCGUUUGGAGUCUAUCUGAUCAAGGACACGAUCGAGAUACCCGUUGGGUCUCGCAUCAUCGGACAGGCCUGGCCUCAGAUCAUGGCCACGGGGCCCAAGUUUGAAAAUGCACUCAAGCCUCGCGUCGCGGUGCGCGUCGGUCGGCCUGGGCAAGCUGGCGUCAUCGAGGUCCAGUCCGUCAUGUUCACCGUCAAAGGCGCCACAGCCGGUGCCGUUAUGAUGGAGUGGAAUGUACACGAAACGAUUCAGGGUUCGGCGGGUCUAUGGGACGCCCAUUUCCGUGUCGGCGGCGCGGCUGGCACCGACCUCACCGUCAAGGACUGCCCCAAACUGACGGGCAAGGUCAACGAGAAAUGCAUUGCCGCAUCCCUGAUGCUGCACUUGACCGCCCAGUCCUCGGCAUAUCUCGAAAACGUGUGGAUGUGGACGGCUGACCACGACUUUGAUACGCCGGACCAAGCCCAGAUGGACGUUUACGUCGGUAGAGGCAUGCUCGUCGAGAGCAAGGGCCCGACGUGGCUCUGGGGCACUUCGGUCGAGCACUGCGUGCUGUAUCAGUAUCAACUGACCGGUGCCGAGAACAUCGUCAUGGGCCUCAUCCAGACCGAGUCCCCUUACUUCCAAUCCGUUCCAACGGCCCCCGCCCCCUUCAAGCCAGGCGCGUUCCCCGACGAUCCUGCGUUCCAAGAUUGCUCCUCGAAAUCCAAAACAUGCGGCGUCUCGUGGGCAGUUCGCAUCAUCGAUUCCUCGGCGAUCCACGUCCUCAGUGCCGGUCUGUACUCGUUCUUCUCUCGCUACGACCAGGCGUGUAUAAACUCGGGCCGCCACGACUGCCAGGACAAGAUCUUUUACACGGAGCAGAGCUUCGACGUAUGGGUCUAUAAUCUCGUUACUCUCGGCAGUAUUGAGAUGAUCAGUCCCCUCAACGGCGACCCCACGCUGGGCAAGCCGAACAGAAACGGCUUCGCUUCCUCCAUUCUUGCCUGGCUCGGCGGCGCAAAACAGGUCACCGGCAAGCGGAACUUUGUGGGCUACAAGGUCCACGCCGACGACACGAUAGGCUUGAGCGUCUUUCCGGAGGCUUGCAGGAAUGCCCUCACAGCUCUCGUGCGAUGCGAUAAUAACACGCGGGAGUGGAAACGCGCCGAAUAUCAUGGCAUCAUGCCCAAAGAAGUUGACGUCGCCUCAGUCUGCGACGCCGGCUGUGCUCAAUCCAUCUCGGACUGGUUAAAGGCCGUUGAUACGUACUGUACUGGCUUGACGUGGGAGGACGGCACAAGCCCUGGUAUUUUGGGUUCGUUCAUCUCGUACGGCAUCAACGAAACAUGUCAGACUGACAAGAAGAGCGGCAAGUACUGCAAUGAUAUCAUUGCCUCGUUUAGUGACGUAGAGAGCAUCAAGGAUAUGCCCACCAGCGAGCUCUGCUCCGAUUGUUAUGUCAACCGACUCAAGAUGAUGCAGGCCAGCCCCUACUCCAUCUACUGGAAGCAGCCAUACUACCAGGAAGCCCUCAAAGCCGCGGUGUCGGGGUGUUCCUUGAGUUCGCAACCCACUACGACGAAGGGCUCUCCCUUUCCGGAAAUCACCAAAGAAGCCGGUCUUUGUCUCUCGAAUGUGAAAUACACAACGCAGUCCGACGACACUUGCGACUCGUUGGCUGUCAAGUAUGGCGUCUCGUCGGCAGCCAUCUUCAGCGGCAACCCGGACAUCCUAGACUGUUACGACGUGGUUGCGGGCGUUUCCAUCUGUAUGCCUCUUCAGUGCAAGACAUAUAAGAUCGCGGCCACCGACGACUGCCUGGGCAUCGCGGCCACUACAGGUGUAAGUCGUGAGAUGAUCCUCAAUCUCAACCCCUGGAUCGACGUGGGCUGCGGGAACCUCCAGUCCGCCUCGCAGACUGUCGGCGGCGUCAUUUGUAUCUCACCUCCCGGCGGAAACUACGAGCAAGAGGGAACCAAGGACGAUGCCAACCCGGCGUACCCUGAGUUCGCAGCGGAAGCCGUCAAGCCUCCGAGCGGCGCUGUCCUCGCCGACGGCACGACUACGAAGUGUGGGAAGUGGCACAAGGUGAGCAAGGGGGAAGACUGUGCCCAGGUGCUGGCUCGCUAUCACGUCAGUCUCGACACGUUCCUGCUCGCCAACCCAUCAGUCUCACGAGACAACUGUACGAGCGACCUCGCCAUAGGGCUCACGUACUGCGCCAACCCGACGGCGAACUUCCUCGCAACCGGGGCCGAGAUUCCAAAGCACUGGCGCUUCGGAUGCUACGCCCGCAACGCGACGACGGCUCUGGAACCAGUGCUGCGACAGGCCGAGAUCAGCCACGAGAGUCUGAUGACGCUGCUCGCGUGCAAAGUGUACUGUCGCUCGCAGAACUUCAACGUCUUUGGCCUCCAGGGCGGCGACACCUGCCUGUGCGACACGCGGCUGCGGAUGGACAGCCAGCUCCUGGCCGACACCAAGUGCCAGACCAAGUGCAACGGGAACAGCUCCGACUCUUGCGGAGGCACCGGAGCCGUCGAGGUGUACGGGCUCGACCCCGUGCUGCUCGUCGAGUCGGUCAGUCUCGGAUGCUUCGUGCAAGCCGCCUCGCAGCGCCUCGUCUUGGGCGGGAAGACGGUCGACGAGAAGACCAUGUGGGUGUACCAAUGCGGCAGCAUAUGCACCACGGCCGGCUACGGUUUCUUCUCGCUCGGUGAGGGGACGGUGUGUACGUGUGGCUCAGAGCUGGCGGCGUCUCCCAAGAGCGCCCCGAUGACUGAGUGCAAUGUUGGAUGCGGCAACGGUCUCGGAUACACCUGCGGCGGCAAGGGACGCGUUGAGAUCUUCCGCACCAAAUCUGACGGGACAAAGAGCACUACCAGAGAGACGGCUCCUCUUCCCGCGUACGAGCACAUUGGAUGCUACAGCACUGCAAAGUCAGGCGUUCUCGGGCUCUCCCACUCGCUGACGGAAGCCGGACUCGGCAUGACCAUCGAGUACUGCGCCGAGUACUGUCUCCUCGCGCAGGGCCAGCCGCUGUUUGGCCUGGAGGGCACCACCUGUCGCUGUGGCUCACGACUGGACGUUGGAACUGAGGGACGGCCUGCGACUGACUGUUCCGCUCCUUGCGUUGGUAAUGGCACGCAGGCCUGCGGUGGUGAGAGCCUCCUCAACGUCUUCGGCGCCAGCGGAGCCCGCAGUCGACCUCUCUCGUAUAGCCUCGUCGGCUGUUACUCACGCCAUCCAGGUCGUACUAGCUGGGGCGCUGCCCAAGACUCGACGGCCGUUAGGGACCUCACCAUCGAGCGGUGUGCCUCUGAGUGCACUCGCCGGUUCGAGGGGAGCGAGGUCGUCUUCUCUGUUGACGGAGGCGACAGGUGCAACUGCGCGCUGUCUUUAGCCGACGACCUUCUUGGACCGGUUGCUAGCAAGGCUGACUGCAACGUUCCUUGCGCUGGGGAUCCCGAGGCAUGGUGCGGCGGAGAGACUGCUGGGAACGUGUACCGCGCAUGGCCGUGAUGCCCUCUGCAGGCGGUAGAACCUUUUUUUUAUUUCCACCGUCACUAGGAUACCUUUAAUAGAAGAAGAACGACGGCGCCGAGCUUGGAUUGGCUGGCAGCUUCUUGAUUCAUCCUGCCUGACUGCCUUGAGACUUAGACCUAGAUCAGAUAUAAGACUCGUGAUGCCAGUUUUCCAUCCGUUUCGAGUAGCAGAUCCACAACUUUUCGU